UCCUCUCCUCAGUCCCUGGUCUGUCCCCUCGUCUCCCUCUGAACUCCCACUCGUCGCGCGCGGAAGCGGCGCCGCGGCAGAGAAAGUUUGCGGAAGACUACUAGCCUAGCCACACCCACUCGCGCGCGGGGGAAGCCAAGGAGCCGCCAAUGGCGCCGCGCCGGCCGUGACCAGAGGCCUCGGAGCGCGGCGGGGACGGGAAGGAGGAGGGCGGGAGGUGUGCGAUGGUGCGCGGGCCGGCGAUGGCCCCGGCGGCUGGGUCUGGGGCGGUGGCAGCGGCUGCUGCUGCCGCGGCCGAGGCAGCGGAGGAGAUGCGGUGGCGGCAGCUGGACAGCGGCGUGAGCGCGGUGUCGUUCGGGUUCGUGGCCACCGCCAUCCUCGUCUCCAUGUUCCUCGCCAUGGCCAUCCUCGAGCACUUCCUCCGGCCCCCGGCCCACGCGGCCGCCCCGCCGGCCCGGGGGAUCCUCCGCCGCCUCCUCGGUCGCGGCGGCGGGCGCGGCGUCGUCCCCGGCGCGGAUCUCGAGGCGGCGAGGAAGCUCGAAGUCCACGCGCCCCUCGAGAUACCUGUCUACCCCAAAGGUGUCUCGGUUCUGAUGCCAGGGCAAGACGUGCCAACGUUCAUUGCCCAUCCUGCCCCAGCACCAUGCCCUCCGGAGAGGAUUCAAUGGCCAUCGCACCAGCCUCCUCCUUUCACCAGUUCCUCAUCAAACCCUAGCUAGCGUUGCGGAGACGGAGUGUGUUAUUAGAAUCACCAAAGUCUGUAGAGGGGCAGCUGUGUGCACUGUGGGACGCCAAUCCAUUCCGUCUCUGGUGGAUCAUGACAGUCAAGGCAAUCUCUGGCUCUCACUCGGUUCUCUCUAUCUGUACAGGUUUUAGGUCUUUUUUCUGAGGCAAGCUUUUCUCUGUCUUGUGGCGGGCGAGCCGCGGCUGGUGGAUCUCUGGAGUAGUUGUUGCUGAUCCCGCUUGCUGUGUGCCUGUGUUAGGAGGUGCCUGAUGGAGCGUGUAAUGUGAACUCAGUUGGCAAAUGUUUGCCGCCAGGUGUUUAAUUUCAGGAAAUCCUUUCGUCUGAUUCUGUCUGAUGAUUGGUUCUCGAGUGGCUGCUAUGUUUGACGGAUGCAAGUGGAAGUCUGCCCCUCUACAGACUUUGGUGAUUGCCUUGCAUGUGUUAGUCAGAAAACAUCCACUGUAGGAAACAGACUUUGACGAUGCCUUUUUCUUUAUGAAACAGGGAAUCGAGGGUCAACAUGUGUUAGUCUGAAAACA